CGAUUAGCGUGGUCUGGCUCGGUGUGAAUGUGAAGUCCCGCUGAUGGUUUUGUCACAUUUUCUCACCGUCUGAAGCUGCGGGGCGUUCGGCGACGCGCUGAAAACGUCCACAAAAUCCACCUUAAACACGCUGAAAACCACCCAGCCGGCCGGCGGAGGAGCAGGGAGCGCCUCGAACACUCACUUCAGCGGUUUUUAAUUCCUCCGAGUGCUUCCCCCCUUUUCGCUGGCUGGAAAACGGACAGAGAAAAAAGAGAAGCCUCCCUCUCCCCGUCCCCCACGUGAAGGAAAUGCCCAUCGCAGCCACCGGUCAGCCGGCGACUCCAGAGCCUCGCGUCUGCUUGCAGCUGCCCAGCGGCGCCGAACCUGUGCCCAAGAGGGCUGGCCUGUGUGAGGACGCCGGGGCUGAAGUGCUGGGGCACAGCGGCGCAUCCCUGGAGCCGGGCAGGGCGACGUUUGGAGCUACGGCGGCAGCGGCAGACACGUCUCACUCCCCUCCGGCUCCCUUACCGCUGGCCUCGCCUCUUCACGGCCUCCCGGAGCCGCCCAGAACUCGCUCGCGGUCGCGCUCCGGAUUCUACGGGUCUAACGGAGCGGUGGGAGUGACCCAGCAACUGCAGCAGCUCGGACACACAGAAAACCUGAGGCCUCCCGGGAACGUCCUUUCUCCAGGCAGCCACAGGCACUCCGGCCCUGGAGCUCACCGGAACUCCGGAGCAGGAGCAAUGGGAGGAGUGUAUCACUAUCAUUCGGAGCCGGCCUGUGCCGAUGCCACUGAUAAGACUGAGGACUCCCCAAGUCCAAAGCGCCAGCGUCUUUCCCAGCAGUCUGUGUUGGAGCUCACCUCGGCUCCGCCCUCCACUCCCUCUCCUCCUAUCAGACCGUGGGAGCUGCCUCCGAGCCGGAGGCCACACCCCUACCCCCACACGCCCUACCACCCAGAGCGCUGUCACACGCCUGCACGACACAGACGCAGCCCCCCAGUUCGUCGCCAGCGGGGCCGUCGCGAGCGUCUGUCUCGGCUCCACCCGCCCCACCACGGCUCACCUGGUGGCGGUCAGGAUGAAAACUAUCGCCACCCUCCUCAUCCUCACUCGCUCCAUCCAUACGGCCAGGCACCCCCUCACCCUCCGACCGGCCUGGACGAGCCCCGCGCCUUCCACCCCCCCACACUGUCGCCACGGUUACUGCACCCACAGCAACAGGGCACCAUGGUAAUGGACCUCCAUGAACAGCUCCCUCAGGGUACAGUCCCGGUAUCAUACACCGUGUCCCCGGUGCCGCCCCACGGUCUUCCCCCUCCACUCUGUACAGGACAGCAUCUCCCAGCAUGUUCCUCUCAGCAGCAGGUGCCUGCCUGCUCCGUCGUCUUCAGCGGCCAGCAGCACUAUCCGGUGUGCAGCGUCCCGCCUCCAAUGUUACCUGCGUGUUCGGUGCAGCACUUGCCGGUCCCGUACGCGUUUCCGUCUCUUCUCUCCAGUGAUCCUGCGUUUUUGCUUCAUCCUCCACACCUCUCGCACCAUCCACCUCAUCUGCCCCCACCAGGACAGUUCCUGCCCUUCCAGACACAACAGUCACGAUCGCCACUGCAGAGGAUCGAGAAUGAAGUGGAGCUUCUGGGGGAUCACCUGUCUGUGGGGGGCAGUUUUAAUUACCCCCACUCGGGCCACCCCAGCCCCCUGCCCCCAUCCACCCCUCUGCAGUUUCUCUCUCAUGAACCCAUUCCCCAGGAGCUCUUCGGAGUGCCAUAUCCUCACUUCAUGCCUCGACGGAUCACGGGCCGGCGUUACCGUUCCCAGCAGGCUGUGCCUCCGCCCCCUUAUCACCCUAGCCUCCUUCCAUACUUCCUGUCUGUUCUUCCAAUGCAGCCUACAGCAGUGGGACCUGCCAUCAGCUUAGAGCUGGAUGUAGAUGAUGGAGAGGUGGAGAAUUAUGAGGCUCUGCUGAACCUCGCCGAGCGUCUUGGAGAAGCUAAACCGCGUGGUUUGACUAAAGCUGAUAUAGAACAGCUGCCUUCCUACAGAUUCAACCCCAGCAAUCACCAGUCUGAGCAGACGCUGUGUGUGGUGUGUAUGUGUGACUUUGAGUCUCGACAGCUGCUGCGAGUCCUGCCCUGCAAUCAUGAGUUCCAUGCCAAGUGUGUCGACAAGUGGCUCAAGGCUAACAGAACCUGCCCUAUCUGCCGAGCGGACGCCUCUGAAGUCCAGCGGGAUUCUGAGUGACAAUCCCAGCCCGUUUCACACUCGCACACACACAUUCACACACAUUCACGUACACACACACGCACGCACACACACACACACCACUUUUUGUCCCAGGAUCACAUUGCUCUUUGCAGCCAGCUGGACUCCCAAAUGUCUGAAAUCUCUCAACACACUGGACUUCUCACCCCGUCUCCUGUUGCAUAGUCAAAACUUCCUUUCAUAUGCCCCCUCACCACAGCCACCGGUCACACAUACACUCGACUGUAAAGUUUCAGUGCCGAACUUCCUUUUGCGCUGUGCUCAGCGUCAUCUGAAACAAGCACAGAUACACGUGUACUCUCAAACACACAUACACCCCUACACACGUCUCCGGUCGCUAUGGUUAUUAACCCCAUGAGUCCAAAGAUAACGGUUCGUGUAAAGAUUCUGAUUUUGUUUUGUUUUCCUUCUUUUUCCUCGGACUAGGUCACUCCAACCACUGCCAUUUCUCUGAUCAUGUUGUUUUUGUUCUUCUUUUUAAUCUCGGGUGGGUACAGGGUGGUUGCGGUCUUCAUUGUAUGUUUGCGUAAGUACAGGAACGUGUGCGUGUUCAGAUACGUGUACUAACAUUCCCUAGCAUGUGAGCACACCGGUGGUGUGAAGGUAGCUUGUAAGAGGAAGUGGACAAAUGUGUGCAUGUGCUUUUUAUACUCUACCAAUAAAAAAGUUAUAUAUAUAAAUA